AUGAACGCUUCCGAGACGCCACAGAAGGAAGGGAAACCGGUGGACCAGUACCCUGACCAGGACAAAAAGACAGAGGAGCAUCCGCAGGGCUCUGGCUUAGGCCAACAAGGUCGACCCCGCAACUAUUGGCACUAUGGGCUGUUGAGUUGCUGGGAAGAUAUUGGGACUUAUUGCAUGUCGUGUUGGUGUCCUUGCAUGAUAUACGGGAAAAAUAAGCAGCGGCUUGAUCAUUUGCAAGACCACAACACAGCGGAUCCGGAACAUGGCGGUUCGGGCUGUGAUUCUGAUUGUUGCAUGCAUCUAGCGCUAAAUGUGUUAGGCGGUUUUGGUUGGGUACUGCAGUUUGGGCAAAGGGGCGCGUUGAGAGAACGCUACCACAUUGAUGGAAACCCCGUCAACGAUUGCCUAACUGCAUUCUUUUGCACUCCAUGUGAACUCACUCAAGAGAGUCAAGAAUUGGCAGAGGAAGAAAGGGGUGCUUCCAGCACCGAGAGGCAGACUCAUAACACGUAG